CCGGCUUCGGCGUCGCCGCCAUCUUUGUUGAUGUGUCAGCUCCGCAGGGGUUUUGGGGGAAAACCUCGGCUGAGAGCCUGGGAUCGGCAGUGGUCUCCGCGCGUGACUUCCUCGCCCACUCCGCGUCCGCUAGACGCCGCCAUGGAUUCGUCGGCCCCGGAGCCGGAGCUCCAUCAGCCUCGCUAGGGUGCGGCCCGGGGCUGGACGACGGACGAUGUAAAUGAAGAUCAGGAGCAGAUUUGAAGAAAUGCAAAGUGAAUUGGUGCCAGUCAGCAUGUCAGAGACAGAGCACACAGCAUCCAUUUCUUCUGAUGCAACUACUGAGAAGACAUCUGAGUUGAAGGACGACUCAUGCAUCUCAGUUUCUGGUGAUGAAAGCAGCAGAUUAGAAACAGGAUCUGAACUAUUGUCAUUGAACUCUGAGAGAGUUUUAUGUCAGACUGAUGAACACUGUAGUCAGAUCGAAGUACAGGAAAGCCAAAUUCCAGACUGUGGCAGUGGUGAGAAUUCUUGUGCUAACACAGACACAUGCCCAGAAAAUUCUGAACAAAUAGACGACUUUCCUAGCAGAGACUUUACAGAACAAGUGUCCACAACUAGUGAACCAGAACAUGCGGUAACACAGAUACUGGCAGAGUUAAAGUCAUCUGCACCCCCAGAAGCUGAUAAUCCAAAGACCUCAGCAAGCCUCUACAAUACAGACUGCACCAGGAAAUUCAUUUCAGAGAUAAAGACUGUUUCAACCUCAGAUGAUCUGUUGGGAGAAAUAGAAUCUGAGCUCUUAUCUGCUGAGUUUGCAGAGGAACACCAAGUGCCAAAUGGGGUGAAUAAAGGAGAGCAUGCCUUAGCCCUGUUUGAGAAGUGUGUGCACAGCAGGUACUUGCAGCAGGAGCUCACAAUUCAACAGUUAAUUAAAGAAAAUAAGAAUCAUCAGGAACUUAUCUUAAAUAUUUGUUCAGAAAAAGACAAUUUAAGAGAAGAACUGAAAAAAAGAACAGAAACAGAGAAGCAGCAUAUGAACACAAUUAAACAGUUAGAAUUAAGAAUAGAGGAACUGAAUAAAGAAGUUAAAGCUUCCAAAGAUCAGCUAAUAGCACAGGAUGCCACAGCUAAAAAUGCAAUUCAGCAAAUCCAUAAAGAGAUGGCCCAGCGGAUGGAGCAGGCCAAUAAGAAAUGUGAAGAGGCCCGUCAGGAAAAGGAAGCGAUGGUAAUGAAGUAUGUGAGAGGCGAGAAGGAGGCUCUAGACCUGCGAAAGGAAAAAGAAACCCUUGAGAGGAAACUGAGAGAUGCAAGUAAGGAAUUGGAGAAAAACACUAACAAAAUUAAGCAGCUGUCUCAGGAGAAAGGGCGGCUGCAGCAACUCUAUGAAUCGAAGGAAGGUGAAACAACUAGACUCCUCAGAGAAAUAGAGAAAUUAAAGGAGGAGAUGAACUCUCACAUCAUUAAAGUAAAGUGGGCGCAAAACAAGUUAAAAGCUGAAAUGGACUCACACAAGGAAACCAAAGAGAAGCUCAAAGAAACAACUACAAAACUAACCCAGGCAAAAGAGGAAGCUGAGCAGAUCCGGCAAAACUGUCAGGAUAUGAUAAAAACCUAUCAGGAAUCUGAAGAAAUUAAGUCAAAUGAACUUGAUGCAAAGCUCAGAGUCACAAAAGGAGAACUUGAAAAGCAAAUGCAAGAGAAAUCCGACCAGCUGGAGAUGCAUCAUGCCAAAAUAAAGGAACUGGAAGAUCUAAAGAGGACAUUUAAGGAGGGCAUGGAUGAGCUACGGACAUUGAGAACGAAGGCGAAAUGUCUAGAAGAUGAACGCUUAAGAACCGAAGACGAGUUAUCAAAGUACAGGGAAAUUAUCAAUCGGCAGAAAGCUGAAAUUCAGAAUUUAUUGGACAAGGUGAAAUCUGCAGAUGAGUUACAAGAGCAGCUACAAAGUGGUAAACAACAAGUUGAAAGUUUGAAGGAAGAAGUGGAAAGCCUUAACUCUGUGAUUACUGACCUACAGAAGGACAUUGCAGGCAGCAGGGAGAGGGAGUCAGAGCUGCUGCUUUUCACAGAAAAGCUCACCAGUAAGAAUGCACAGCUGCAGUCAGAGUCCAGCUCCCUGCAGUCACAAGUGGAUCAACUGACCUGUAGCGAGAGCCAGCUGCAGAGCCAGUGCGAGCAGACGAGGCAGACUAACACUGACCUGGAGAGCAGGUUGCUCAAAGAGGAAGAACUUCGAAAAGAGGAAGUGCAGACUCUGCAAACUGGACUUUCCGCUGCACAGACCGAAGUCAAAGCCUUGAGUACUCAGGUGGAAGAGCUGAAAGAUGAGUUAGUGACACAGAGGCGCAAGCACGCCGCUAACAUCAAGGACCUCAGCAAGCAGCUUCAGCAAGCUCGGAGAAAAUUAGAACAGACUGAGAAUGGGAACUACGAUAAAGAUGUUAGCAGCAUGGGAAGUCGCUCUAGUUCAUCAGGGUCACUUAAUGCUCGAAGCAGUGCUGAGGACAGGUCUCCAGAGAAUACCAGCUCCUCAGUGGCUGUGGACAACUUCCCAGAAGUGGACAAGGCCAUGCUGAUUGAGAGGAUAGUGAGGCUGCAGAAAGCCCAUGCCCGGAAGAACGAGAAAAUAGAAUUCAUGGAGGACCACAUCAAACAGCUGGUGGAAGAAAUAAGAAAAAAGACCAAAAUAAUUCAGAGUUACGUUUUACGAGAAGAAUCAGGCACACUUUCCUCAGAAGCAUCUGAUUUUAACAAAGUGCAUUUGAGUAGACGCGGUGGCAUCAUGGCGUCCUUGUACACAUCCCAUCCCACUGAUAGCGGGCUAACACUGGAGCUCUCUUUGGAAAUCAACCGAAAAUUACAGGCUGUUUUGGAAGAUACAUUGCUAAAAAAUAUUACUUUGAAGGAAAACCUGCAAACACUUGGAACAGAAAUAGAACGCCUUAUUAAACAGCAGCAUGAACUGGAGCAGAGGACGAAGAAAGCCUAGCACAAAGCUCUUGCCUAGUAGACAGCCGAGCCACAGAGCAGCAGGUGCCACUGUCCAGUGUCCUGAAACAGUCCCUGCUUUGUGUCAACUAAUCAAAAAUUGGUUUUGCUUCCCUGUGUAGAGGUGCCCUUUUCUGACUGGGUGUGGUGCGUGUGCCGGGGCUCACUUGGGGCUCAGCCAAGGUCAUUUCUCUGUGGUGCAGCCAGCCGCCUGGUCACUGACUCCAUAUUUAAUUUGCUUAUUGCCCUAAAGUUCUAAAUAUUAGUACAAAGGUUUAAAAAAAAAAAAAAAACUUUACCACACUCCUUUCCUUAGUGGCACCAGCCUUUGAAAAGGAUUUCUGAAAAGAGAGGUGUUUAUCAUCCAACCGUUCACUAUUUCUGCAACACAAGGAAAAGCUUAGAGGAAUUCUGAAGGUUUUCAGUUCUGAUCUGGGCGCAGUAGUCCUAGCUACUUCCAAGGCUAAAGAGGAUCUCUCGAGCUCAUGAGUUCAAAGCCAGUCUGAAAACAUCUUAAAACCCCAUCACAUUUAGCCCCAAUCAGGGAAUAGCCUUGAUUUGUGGUGUAAGGAUGUGUGUGAGUACUUAAAUCAGCUCUGAGUUUACUGACAAGUAGACAGGAAAACUGGCUGUAGGGAAUUAGCUCUGGUUGGCACUGUUUGUCAGGUCUCCUUACCUGACAAAUAGGUAUAUUUUUCACAUUUGAGUUACUAGUUGAAAUUUUAAAAUCUUUAGUUAUGUAAACUAUGAUUUUAAACAAUAUGUAAACUUAAAACUUUUCUGUGGAUUUGUUAUAUUUUAAAAUGUGCAGUGGAUCCAGUCAUUAGAACAGCUGUAUGAGGACUUGGAGGCUGAGGUGCUUUCUGACAUGCCUCAGCUUCACUGACAUUGUGUUAGGGAAAUGUGGAGGGCUCGGCCGAGACCCACAUGUGCCCAUCACCUAAGGAGACAUGCGUUUCCUCAAGUGCCGUUUCCAUAUCUUAUUGAACACAGUUAAGUUUUCAGCCAAAGGGAGUUUGGAGCUGAAUUGUGUAUCUUGUUGGAUGUUUACAGUGUUUAAGAUGUAUACUUAACUGUUGCCAAUUGUAAUAUCGACACUUCUGUCACUGAAGUUUUUCUCAGUUGGUAGCUUCUCACGUCCCAGAACCUAAAACACUGCAUUCUGUUGAAGCUAUCUGUAUCCUGGGAGAUCUUGGAACAUAUUCAGUAAGCUUCUGUUUGUGUUUGGGGCUUUUGGGGUUGCUUUUUGUAUUUUUUGGUUUUUUCCUCUUGAGGAACUUGAGCUUUGGGAUAUAGAACUUUAAAGAAUUGUAUGGGCUAGCUGGGCAUGGUAGCACAUGCCAUAAUCCCAACACUCGGGUGGCGAAGGAGGAUUAAAGACUAGCCUCAAGUACACAGUUGGAGCCGCCUCGGAGGCCCGCACUGUAGUAGAACUGUGCCGGCUCUGAAGACUACAGUCGUGACGGCAGUGCCCUUUUACUGUGUUUUAACAUUUCCUCAAAUCAACAUUGAUUAUAAAUGUAAUUUACUAAAUACUAGAUGUCAAUAUGCUGUCUUCUUGUUAAUAUUAUCGUUGUUAUUAUCCAAAAAAGUAUCUCUUAGCUUCAAUGUGAAAAUGCAUUCAAAGUUGUUUUAUUUUUAAGAUAGUUGUAAAAAAGUAUUAGUCAUAAUAUGUCUUGCUCUUUUUAUUAUUAAUAAUUUAUUAGAAUAAAAAAGAGGGUAAGUGCAAUAAAUUCUGAAUUAUUUUCCCAUGUAUUCCUAGAUAUACUGUAGCACUGGAAAGGUCCACAUAACGUAGGCGGCAUAGCUCCACCUCCUGGUUCCUUGGGUGAUGCUGAUUCAUGAGCUACAGUGUUUGGGGUUUUUAAUUCCAAGACAUGGAAAUGCAUAGCAGAGACCAAAUAGUGAUCAUGUCCAUAGUAUUCUAUACUUAUGUACUUUUAAAAUAUAUACACAUUUGGUAUAGAAUGGGACAACUAUGUUAGUAUUUGUGCUGCCAUGUACUUGGAGAACUUAAUAAUGAAAUAAUUUUAAAAUAUAAUUACUAAAAGCCAUGCUUUGAUCAUACCUACUAUUCUUCCAUACCUAUGAAACUUAAAAAACUGAAAAAGUUUUUUUUUUCAUCAGGCCUCUCCUGUGUCCUUUCAUAUAUAGUCACGACUGAACAAAAUAAUGUGUAAGAAAUGUGUAUGUGUCCAAGAGAACCUCCGCUGACUUAGAGCAAGCUCCUGGGGUAGAUUUAUUUCUCAGGUUCUUCUGUUCCGUAGAAUAUGUGGAGGAGAGACCCUGAGAACACAGUGUGAAUUUAUUUGAUCACUGUGAGUUACAACUGUAAAUGACUAUUUUGGUUAUUUAAUAAUAUUUUAGCAUCCUUGGGCAAGAAGUUGGUGUGUGUGCAUGUGUGGGUGCGUACACUUCCCUGGUAUACAUCUGAAAGUGAGUGCUUGUGGCUCCUUCCCCCCCAUACUGCUUGUGAUUUUGAGUCUGUUAAAACAGUUUCAAGGAUUGAACAUGGUGCGUUUGGACACAGUGAACAGUUGGUGGUGGUUUGGUUUGGUUUCUUCAUAACCAUUUAAAGUGACUCAGUCAGGCAACACAGGUCAUUUAUUCAUUUAAGAAAUACAUUUGCCUAAUAAACACUUCGCCCGGUGCCCUACAGGUGUCAUGGUUAUCACUCUCCAGUCCCUUGGGACUUGUGGUCUCAUGACAACAAGCAGGACAGGUCUUCAGACCUCGCUCUCAGGCUAGCCUUUGCUACUGGGCUAAGAGGAGUAUUGAUCGCCUGCACAGGUAGAUGAGCCAAGCGCUUCAGCCUGACUGGGAGCCUGUCCUGCUCUGCACGCUUCCCGACUUGAAAGGGGAAAUUCAGAGGCUGUAAGAAGACAUUAGACUUUUAGCACUCCAUAACCGCCUGACUGGUGCCUGUUCCAUGCCCCUGAAUGAGUCCAAUCCUGUCGGGCAGCUUUCUGAAUCCUCUUGUACAGGCUGUUGGUUAUUUUCUAAAUAUUUUUACAAGAAAAUUUAGUAUAAAAUUUGGAAGAAAAAAAACCUCAGAGACUAUGGAUGCUGUAAAUGUGAUAAAUGCUGCCCCAUGAGGAUAUUUUUUAUAAAUAAUGACAUUCAUGCAUUGGAACUAUUGAUUCUAAUCUCUUUUUUCAAGAAUUUUUUUUCUGUUCAUUUUCAUACUAAUAUUGUUAAUUCUUAACACCAAUUGGUGGCACUGGUGACUAAAAAUUGUCAAAGGUGAAUGAGAGGGAUAAUUGAAAACAAACUAAAUGAGAACUCAGUUGCAUAUUGAAAUGGAUGUUACCUCUGUAAUGGGCUCUUGAGAUGUGUAUAGCUGUUAUCCUCAGGACUGCCUUUAUCUUCCCUUCCAAGUGCGCUGGUGUCAGCACUGUACAGGUAACCCUGGACUACACUGUGCAUUCUGUAAAUACUCUGUGUAAAGCGAUGCUCUUCAGGGGUCUGUGUACACUCUGUACUUAUUAAAUCAGCAGUGCCUGUUACCAAGAUGUA